AUGGCUGUUCUCAAGCCAUGGCUAGACCUGGUGAGGAGGGAUGAUGAGCGUGAUGACGAUGAUUGGCCUCACAGAAGUUGGUAUUGGAGUGAUGUGAGUCUGAUGCGUCUGGUUUCAUCCGUUCAAUCCCGACGAUGGGCUUGCUCUAUUUACUGACUGACGGGUGUUGUUUCCUAGCAAGCGAGAGCGAUCAAAUGGGGAAUCUUUUUCGGCAUCUUGACCUUCUUCUUCGUACUCAUGAUGGCAAUGUACUACCACGCCGACCGCCGGAUGAAGAACGGAGUGCCCCCUCUCCGCUACCACCGGGUAGAUUCCUCACCUCUUCCUUACAGUUUUCAUGGGUCCGGGAUAGAAUGGCUAAUAAAUGUGUUGGGAUCUGUAGUGGUUAGUUCCUCGGACCCGGAGGGCCCAAUUCGAACCGAACCCCCAACAACCCGAAGAAAACUUCUCGUUCUAUAACCAGCAACAGCCCCAGGAAAAUGGUGCCUAUGGAAUGCAUACUGUGCCGCCUCCAGGUACAGAAACCCUUCUUAUUGCAGACCUAAAGCGUCGCCCGAUAUUGGAUCAUGGAUAGGAGGGAGGGAUGCUAACUCUCCACGCCCAUCAGCUUACAACCCCAACUACCCCGAACCUCCUGUAUACUCUGGCGGACCCCCAAUCGGGGCCACAAAAGUCGACCCAGCACAACAUCCAGCACAUCACCUAGGUGAAGGCAGUAGCAGCGGACCUGCUCCCCCUCCCCCUGCUGCCGUCCCGGAAUAUACACCGCAGCAGCACCCGCAUUGAGCCCAAAAACCGACCGGUAUGUCUACAUUAAACUUUGGAAUCCCCUAUUAUCGUCUAGAGGACGAGGGCGUAAAGGAGAGAAGGAAGGGGGGGCCAUUCACUUGCAAACCAGUAGUCUCCAAAACCGCGCUCGCUCACUGCAUUCCCUGUAUUCUUAUUUAUUUUUACCUUUUGGACCUUCAUCUUGCCUUUAUUCCCUUCGCCCCGGGUUACCGGGCAGAUUCACACAAUCAUACCCUUUCUUUUCAGACAAGCUCAUACUGUUUCUUCUCAAUUCCUUUCCUAUUGUCUACCACUUGAUCUCUUUUGUUUGGGUGGGCAUUGGUUUUCUAGUUUUUUUUUUUUGUAAAGUUACAUAGGGGGAGACGUAUUAUACAUCAUGGGUAGCAAUUCUCAAAUCGGAGCAGGGACGGCUGGCGGGGGGGAUUGGAUGGGAGGAAACAAGUAACCGAUUUUUCCAAAAAAGAAAAAAGAAAAAAAAGAAAAAGGGUUCCCUUUUUGUUA